AGUUAUUAUUGAUAACUGAAGGACGAAGGUUAUCCGGCCAAAGGAAAAGCAAGAAAAAGAUUUGCAGAAACCAUUUCUCUUCUUUCUCUCUCUCUUUCUCUCUGAAACCUCAGAAACCCUUGUCAGUUUUCUCUUCUGCCGUCAUUUGCUCUCUCAAAAAUGGUGUCUUUUGAGGCAGGGUUCCUCGUAGAAGAGCUUCUUGACUUCUCUUCCGACAUCGGAGAAGAGGAGGAAGAGGAAGAAGACAACAAACAGAGCAACAUCAACAACUUCGCCACCAACAUCAAUAGCAACAAAGCCCUCUCUUCUUCUUCAACUUUGGCCUUGGACUCCAAACCCACAAACCCUACUCACCAAAACCAUCAACCACAACGUGAAGCACAAACCGUGUUGAACAUUUUCGACCCAGAUGAUGACCACAACCACCAUUCCUUCCCCGAAUUUCUAGAAGAAGAACUGGAAUGGAUAACAAAUGAAGACGCCUUUCCGGCCGUAGAGACAUUCGACGACAUUUUCCCAGGGAAGCUGAGUAAGGGCCCAAAUAACCAUAGCCCUGUCUCGGUGCUUGAGAACAGUAGCAGCAGCAGUAACAGUGGCAUUAUGACUUGCUGUGCUAGCCUCCGCGUCCCUGUCCGAGCUAGAAGCAAGAGACAGAGGCGGAAACGUACUGGGUUUUCAAAUGUAUCAGGUCAGCACUGGUGGUGGUGGUGUGAACCCAAGAACAAGAGCAAUGGAGGAGGAGCAACGGUAGCAGCAGCAAAUGAAAACAUAAUGGGUAGGAAGUGUUGGCAUUGCGGGGCGGAGAAGACGCCACAGUGGAGGGCAGGGCCUCAAGGACCAAAGACACUCUGUAACGCAUGUGGGGUAAGGUUUAAGUCGGGCCGACUCGUGCCGGAGUACCGGCCGGCGAGUAGCCCUUCUUUCUCUACUGACUUGCAUUCCAACUCUCACAGGAAAAUAUUAGAGAUGAGAAGGCAGAAGCAGCAGGAGUUCUUGGUGAAGUCUGUGGAUAUAGGAUAAUGCUUGAAUCCUUUUGUUGUUUAGAUAGAUAGCAUAUAAUUUAGAGAUUGUUGUACUGGAUAGUUGUUUGGAUUUUGUUUUAACAUUAAACCAGUUGAAUAGGGAAGUUUAGUGUUUUCAUUUAAA